UACAGUCUGGUCAUUUUAGAGUGGGAAACUUAUGACGUCAGAGUCACCGCCGUUUAAAACAACCUGCCUCUGCUGCUGACGUCUUUUAUACUACUUUUUUAUAAGGCAAAAAUAUGUAUCUGACAACAAAGUCAUUAUUGUAGACAAAGAUAACCUGCAUCACCUUUAAUGCAUUUAUUUAUUUCCGAGAGACUUUUGGAAAGAAAAAGGAAAGCUCUAAGAUUGUCGUGCUUUAUUUAUUUUUUAUUUUUUCCCCUUGAAAGGCGUAUGAGUGGGGGGCAUUUUACACAAAUUAAACAUGCUACUCUGCUUCGCCCUAUAAGCAUCCUAGGAGCCUGUGCUUACCAAUCAAUUGGUACAGUCAAACAGAGCCGCAGCCUGCGUUAGAGUGGAGACCUUCAGUCUCGCUUUAUUUCUGGAUAUUGGGGGACCUCUCUACCAUGUCAUAUCCACAAUUUGGAUAUCCCUAUUCGUCUGCUCCACAAUUCCUGAUGACAACCAACUCCCUGACCACUUGCUGCGAGUCCACCGGCAGAUCUAUAGCCGACUCCGGAGUAGCGGCGUCCGGCCAGACCCCGGUGUACUGCCCGGUGUAUGAGAGCCGGCUGCUGGCCACGGCGAGGCAUGAGCUCAGUUCAGCCGCUGCGCUGGGCGUGUACGGAAACCCCUACACAGGCGGCCAAGGCUAUGGGAAUUACGUUACAUACGGAACGGACGCCUCGGCUUUCUACUCGCUGGGUACAUUCGAUACUAAAGAUGCUACAGCUUCUGCGCAUGCGGGAAUAACCCAAGCGACAGCCUACUAUCCUUAUGAUCCUACCUUGGGACAGUAUCAGUAUGACAGAUAUGGUUCCAUGGAUGGGGGAACAAGGCGGAAGAACGCCACACGUGAAACGACCAGCACACUGAAGGCCUGGCUGCAGGAACACAGGAAGAACCCGUACCCAACUAAGGGUGAGAAGAUAAUGCUGGCCAUCAUCACCAAGAUGACCCUGACGCAGGUGUCCACCUGGUUCGCAAACGCCAGGAGGAGGCUCAAGAAGGAGAACAAGAUGACAUGGCCGCCCAGAAACAAGGGCUCAGAGGAAAAAAGAUAUGACGAGGAUGAGGAUGGGUCUCAGGAGGAGCAGAUAAAAAGCGAGAACAAUGAGGAUGAGACCAGAAGUCGGGCUGAUAAGGACCUUCAGUUGAGCGAUUUGGACGAUUUCGACACACUGGAAUCUGAGAGCUCGGAGUGUGAGCUCAAACACCGAUACCACAUCAACACACACAUGUCAACAACGACCGACUGCCCAAGUGAGCACAUCAUCAAAGACGCAUCUCUCAAAAUCUCCAUCCCCGUUUCUCUCGGAGGGGAGGAUUUGAACAAAAGUUGUCUCAAAACAAACCCGGAGGACUUUCCAUCCGAUAACAGACAGCAGGCAAAAACAUGCUAUAACCAGCAACAACAGCAACAACAGCAACAGCAUCAAGUAUUAGACGGCAAACCCCGAAUUUGGUCUUUGGCCCAAACUGCGACAUCUCUGAACCAGACUGAGUACCCGUCCUGUAUGCUGAGGUGCCAGCCGCCGCCCCCCUCCUCCCUCACCCCGUCCCCCGCCGCUACCUCACCCGUCACCGGCCUGGACAACAGGCAGGACUCGCCGGUCACGACCCUGAGAAACUGGGUCGACGGGGUUUUCCACGACCCCUUGUUCAGGCACAGCACUCUGAGCCAGGCACUGACCAACACCACCGUCUCUUGGACCACAAACACCAAAGGUACCAUUCUGGAGGCAGAGCGCAGCGCGGUGCAGGCCUUACAGCAGCACCAGGACUCCCCCAAAGACAGUGCCAUGAGUUUCCCAAAAACUAUCAACAAACUCUUCUGCUCAUAACAAAACCAAAUGCAAAAAAAAAAAAAAAAAAAAAAAAAAAAAAGAGAGGGACUUUUGUAACCGGCUCCAAGUCGGGUGGAAAAGUCUUACAGGCUCCGUCUCCAUGUUUCUCUCAUUCUAUUUUAUUCGUUUUUACGCAGUUAUAUAUGCUGUUACAUUGGCGUUACACAAGUGAAAUAUCCGGAUCCGUUUGGCUUUGAUUUAAGGCACGCACAAAAACUUAUCAAAAUGUAUAACUGAAAGUUUACAUGUUGAGAAAAAAAAAAUAAUAGAAGUUUACAUUUUUAUUUUGAUCCUUUUUGUUUUCCUAUGCGCAUGCAAAUGUAAUUGAAUAUUAUUUAGGACUCAGCAGUUGAGUAUCACUAUUAAAGGAAGAAAAAGUCUCACAAAUGCACAGCUCUCUUAAGAACUGAAUGAGGGCGUUUCAACUUUGUUCACUGAAAAUAAAAACAGUCCGUUUCUUAAAAAAAAAUAAAUAA